CAUUUCAUGUGUAGGUACCAUCAUCAUCCUUUGAAUGAAUUUCAUUUUCUUCUGCCGUUCUACCAAGUUCUACUCAGAGUCGCUGCUUCGAACAGCUUCAUCGUCGUUUUUGCUUGCCUAACUUGUGGCACCGGUGAGGUGCAUCGUACGCUAUCGCCCUUGCGUACGUAAGGGAUAGCGUUGGUGAUUCUGCGCACGCGUAACACAUAAAGAGUGCCUAUCGCGCAGUGCACAAAACCCCCACGCUAUCCCUUACGUACGCGAAGGCAAUAGCGUACGAUACACUAAAACUCUCUACUGUUGCUGUACACGCUAUUCUCCGCUUGUCUAUUGAGCAACGUAAAUCACAGUCCCAUCCAUCAUGUCCGAAAAAUGUACUACUUUCUGAGGUUCCGUGACAUUUCAUCGAAUCGGUGGCCGCCGCUUUUUCUUGCGGCAACGUGUGAUCAUACGUAAAAAACUCUCCUGACCUAACCUUGGUCAGGCGUCGAUGAAACGGCGUUCGACGAAACGGCUUUCGACUGUUGACACUGCGUCGCAAUAGAACAACGGAAAAUAAAAUCCCUCCGCAAGCAUGACUUUGUCAUAAAUGCUACAUAGCACUUUUUUUUCACCUCAUCCCGCACAAAAAAAGAAAUAUAAAAAAUGUGACGGCACUUGCUUGCAGCGCCCCUAUACUGAGUGGAGAUAUUGUGACACAUUCACAGCUGUUCCUCUGGAUGAAAGAGAACUGUGAUAGUGAACGCGUUGUGACUCUCCGCCGAGAACCAUACGGUUGGAAAAGAAACUAGUCAAGGUGAAGCACAAUCGGGCAAGCUCCAUCCAGGGCAAUAGGAGGGGACCAAUUCAAGCCUAGGCGACCUCGCAGCACGGCAAUAAGGAUGUGACAGCGAAACGGAUCUCACGGACUGUACGGGAAGCCAGAAAAAGCAGAGUCUACGGAGCGUCUUAACACUCAUGGCCGAAACGUCAGAGACAACAUUCUAAGGAGGUCCUUCCAGAGGUUUCUUCAGGACACCCCCAGCAGGAAGAUGUCUCAUUAGGGACUCGGCCAGUGCGCGAUGGAAGUGUCUUUCAUUCUGUUUCGUUGAAACCGUGGAAGAUAUCCCCGUGCUACAGUCUUUCUGUUAUCCUUUGUACGAGCACGGAGCAUUUUGAGACGAGAUGCCAUUCUUGGAAAUAAUGAUGUAAGCAUGCUUUAUGCUAUUCCCAAACCUAAGAGGGAAAGCAAGGACAUGCGGAAUUUUGUCUUUGGGUGCAUCCUGAACACGCCGACAAAACGCCACUCGUCUUGGAGCACAUGAUGACUAAAGGAUUGCGGACCGUAGACUGAGGACUAUUCAUCCAGUCAGUCGUCCCGUCGUGUUGUAAAUUUAGGAAGAUUACGUAUUUCCAUGCGUCGCAAUCAAGGGUGCUAUACAACCAUACCUGCAAUGAGAACUCGUCCAGGGCGAAGAAACGUAGCUCUUCAAGACAACACUUGGUACUCAUCUGUGUGCUGUGUGAAACCCCGGGAUGUCUAGGACGGCGCUCAAGUGCCUGGAUCGUGCCUUUAGUCUCCUCGUGGUUUGUCCACUCGUAGUCCUGUACUGGAGAGGUGUGUGGUCCCUGACAGAUAAGUUUGUGCUGCCACACUGUCGUCUGCUCAGUGGUUGGGUCACUUGGGCAGCGGGAUUCACGGUCGUCUUCCUUCUGACAGCAGUUCAAGGCGCAACGAAGAAUCUUGCAGCUAGACAGCCUGGUUAUGUACAGAUAAUAACCCGUAUACAACAGGCGUUAUGCGGUGUCGCGUCUGUCUUCGCUUGGAGGGGAUUCUGGCUUAUCGAAGACGUCUACCUUGGCAUCAGCUUAGGGUCAUCCACCAUUACCUUCGCUGUGCCUUUGAUUAUGCUGCUGCUGCUUCGGUCCUUAAGAAACGCAGCAGAAUCUUCACCAUUGGUGCUCAUAAUAGACGACGCAAGUGACUGUCUCGAUAUACCUACGCGCUUCCAAACAAAGGUUCGUGACAGCAAGACACGGUAUCUUGCCGAUUGCUUCAUUUCUGUGUUCGUCAUUGGGACGUUAAACAUCAGCGUUUGGAGAGGAUUGUGGUCUUUCUUGGACCAAGUGAUACUGCCCAUAGACCUUCUGUCAUCCGCGGUUGUUUCGUUAGCUAUUGGAUGUGUGCUCACUCUCAGUAUGUUCAUAGCAGAACCAGUUCUCAUCAGGGUGCACAAUAUCUUCCGUGCGUGGUCCAGUAGACGAAGAAAACUGUGGCUGCUCAUGCUAGAAGACGUCUGGUCGUUCUUUGGUACUCUCGCUGUUGUUACGACUUGGCGGGCUGUCUGGAUGGUAGCGGAUAUUUACUUGGGGCUGGACGUCCCGUGGACAUUCGGUUCGACCGUGGCGAGUGCUUGGCUAUUAAGUGUAUUGUGCUGUUCUUGUACCAUACCAGGAGUCGGCACUAUCACGGACGGACAACCUCCCGAGAGGGGCGGCCCAGCUUUACCGUUCCGCAUCGCAUACUUCACGGCCAUCACCAGGGAAGGUGAAGUGGUGCAACAACUAGAUGCUGAAGCUCCUAUGAUAAACUAAAGAAUAGUCAAGGACCCACAACUUAUGGCUACAAGGACUCUUGUGUGCAGUAAAAACUGAACGGACAUAUCUAGAUCAUGACCAAGACCAAUUUCACACCUCACACAUUUUGUACAUCAACACAAUCACAGCAGUACGCUGUGCAAAUCAUUCACAUCUAAGUGUUUAUUUCUGUUGUUGAUGAUGAAACUUGAGGACAAUCUUGCUUUGACUCAACAGGGAUGUGACAUGAUUGUGUUCAUGAGCAUAGGAAGAUGCUGUUUUGUACAAGGAGAGUCAUUAUUUUCAUUGCAUUAAAGACAUGUGCAGCUGCUAUACUAUAAUUUUGUACCGUGCAAUGUGUGUACUCUAACAUUGAGCACAAAGGACACAAUAAUUAAUGUGCGAUACAUGUUUUACAUAAUUCCAAUAUCACAAAUUCUGAUAUUCAUUCCCAUGAAACAGUGGUGCAACCUGUGCUUGUGAGCCUUAAUAAAUGUAAAAAUAGA